GACUGUUAUUUGCUUUCAGAUUCGGUCGUUGUUUUAUUUCAUUUUAUAUAUCUGCGGCUAAUAACAAAAAUAUUUUACUUUUAAUACAAUGGCUUUGACUGCUGGAAUUAUAAUAAUUAACGCUGUUUUAUUCGGAACAGUUUACUCAAACAAAUGCAGUUCAUAUGAAAUAAGCAAGGACAAUCUUAAUAAAGCAUUGAUCGGUCAUUCCGUGUUAGAAGUUAAUGAUAAAAACCAUCAAGAUUGUGCGCGAACCUGUAUGUCAAUGUCCGUGUGUAAAUCGUUCGACUUUGACAGAAACGAGCACGUGUGUAAGUUAAACGAUGUUGAUCAGUCGUCCGUUGAUCCGUCGGAAUUCGAAACAAAAAAAGGUUCUAUAUUUUCUGAUAUUAGCGAAUGGCCUAGGGCAAUGGUUGGAAGUUGUAGCUCAAGGCCGUGUAAAGCAAACCAAAGGUGUUACCAAAAUGGUGCUUCACAUGUGUGCAAGACAUAA